AUGGUCAAACUAUCUCAGGGGGGCUCCUCGUUUCUUGCAAUAGUCCUAGCAUCCGGUCUAGGGGUCUAUACCUACUCACGACACCUCUUCAACCUGUACCCUUCUCCUCCCAUUGGGCUACAUGACAGUACCGUCGCCCGUGUACCGCUCACAACCCUCCCCGAAUACACCUCCGCCUUUUACAAAACAUGGACCCUUCGUCUUGAAGGCUUUGCCGCGCAACUUGCUGGCAACCCAGUACCACCCGACUCGUUCCUCAACGGCCUUUUUGUGGUCAAGCACCGCUCCGCUCAAGCUGUCGAAGUGGAAUGGAGCAUGCCAAAGCCUGUCACGCGUCUAUUCAAGGCGCUUGGGGUAGGGAUGGUUCAGGGAGGCAGCCAGAUUCUGAGCGUUCAAGACAAGGAUGGGGAGACGGAGAUUCGAUAUACUUGUGAAGAGUACCUCGGGGUACGUCCCGAGCGAUGGGAAGACGUCGAGUAUAGAAGGGCGAGUGGGAUUGGCAUAAACGGCAAGCCUUUCGGGGCAUUUGGGGUUCAGCUACACCGAUUAUAUAUGCGCUUUUUGAUUGAGCAGGCAAAGAACCGUUUGGUUCAGGGAGCUCGACGACAUCCAUGAGUCGAAAAAUGUGAAAGAGCUCGGUGAGAGGUCUCAACGAAACCUCUGAAAGAAGACACAACAGCGGAUUGGUAUAUCUAGUGUAGAAUUCAUGUAUCAAAUACAGACCCGAUA